AUGGCUACUACCCCCACAUUCACACAGAGUCCUGCAUUCCCAGAUCUCUGGGUGGCCAAGACUCUAUUGAAUGGACUUGUUUAUGGGACAUGCCGAUUUCGGACACCACCAGCCAAUCCAGAGCUUGACAUACCGCCCCAUGCCUACCCUAACACUCACCUUUUGCUCCCUCCAGCUCAUGGUGGUAUCAUCAAAUUGUCCUACCAAGAUAAGGACUUCCACCCACAAUCAUACUCCUCAGGCGGUGGCUCACCACAACUCUCUUUGCCAACAAUGAUGACCCCAUGUGAAAAUCGUGCUGCCCGCAUGUCUCCUUCCCAAGCUGUGGCCCAAACUUUGUUUGUGGUUGCCUUACUGGGAGGAGGAGACAUAGUACUCUGCAAUGUCCCCACGCAAAAAUCUCGCCACCCGCAUCUUUGGUUCUCGACUUAUGGGCUGACCUUUCUUAGGUACUCUAACACACUCCCUGCACCACUCAUCUAUCUCACCAAGGCAGAUGGGGUGCAUCCAGAUAACCUCGUACCACUGAAACAGUCAUUUUGUGAUAUCUACCCGUACUUGUGUUCAACAUUCAAUGCCGAGAAUGAAUUCGAACAGAAGGAUGCUGCCAUUUACUUUGACAAUGAAGAUCUUGAAGUGCACCUUGGUCAACUAGAAAAGACAGAGGUUGCUGAGGCUAUCCAUCUCCGGUGGUAUGGCAACAUGGAUGUGAAAAUCAUUUUUGUAGAGCACAAGACGCUCAGAAAAGACUGGACAGGUGACAAGUCCAUCAAGGCACGUUUUCCGAUCAAAGAACACCUCGUGAAUGCUUUCCUGUGUGGAGAAUACACCAUGGACACGGAGCUCCAGGCUCUAGUUGACAAAUGCAAGAAGACUCAAGCCAAAGUCAAUUCCAUGAUCAGCUCACAAGCGAAGUUCAGUAUCGGAUUCUUAUGA